CGGAGCCCGCCGGCCGCGUGCGAGCCCGGGGAACUUUGCAGCGCGCGUCCCAGGCCGUGCGCGGUCACGACCGCUGCAGCCAGGCUUUGCUGCAGAUUGGGAUUAACAUGAUGGCCUUGCCUGGAGGCCGCCACCUGGACUCCAUCCCUCUGCCGGGUCAGCGGCUGCACCUGAUGCAGGUGGACUCGGUCCAGCGCUGGAUGGAGGACUUGAAGCUCAUGACCGAGUGUGAGUGCAUGUGCGUCCUGCAGGCAAAGCCUAUCAGCCUGGAGGAAGAUGCACAGAGUGACCUCAUCCUGGCUGGCGGCCCUGGCCCCGGAGACCCCCUGCAGCUGCUUCUCAAGAGGGGCUGGGUCAUCAGCACCGAGCUGCGCAGGAUUGGACAGAAGCUGGCCCAGGACCGCUGGGCACGCGUCCACAGCAUGAGCGUGCGUCUGACUUGCCACGCCCGCUCCAUGGUCAGCGAGUACAGCGCGGUCAGCAGGAGCUCCUCACAGGAGAUGAGUCAGCUCGAGAAACUGCUAAUGGAGAAAUGCUCAGAGCUCUCGGCGGUCACAGAGAGGUGCCUCCAGGUUGAGAAUGAGCAUGUCCUGAAGUCAAUGAAGGCCUGUGUGAGUGAGACCUUGAGCACGCUGGGCCGGCACUUCGGCCAGCUGCUGGAGCUGGCCCUGACCCGGGAAGUGCAGGCGCUGGUGAGAAAAAUCAAUGCCUCAGACAAUAUCUACACCACGGAAUCCACCACAGGGAACCUGUUCAGCCUGACCCAAGAGGGGGCUCCCUUGUGCCGCAUCAUAGCCAAGGAGGGUGGGGUCGUGGCACUCUUCAAGGUCUGCCGGCAGGACAGUUUCCGGUGCUUGUACCCCCAGGCGCUGCGCACACUGGCCUCCAUCUGCUGUGUGGAAGAGGGUGUCCACCAGCUGGAGAAGGUGGAUGGUGUUCUAUGCUUGGCCGACAUCCUGACCGAUGACAGCCACCCAGAGGCCACACGGGCUGAAGCUGCUGCUGUGGUUGCCCAGGUCACCUCCCCACACCUGCCCUUUACUCAGCACCUCGGCAGCUUUCUGGAAAGCAUGGAAGAAAUCGUGACUGCUCUCAUCAAACUGUGCCAAGAGGCCUCGUCUGGGGAGGUCUUCCUGCUGGCUUCUGCGGCCCUGGCCAACAUCACCUUCUUUGACACGAUGGCCUGCGAGAUGCUUCUACAGCUGAAUGCCAUCCGGGUCCUCCUGGAAGCUUGCAGCGACAAGCAGAGAGUGGAUACGCCUUACACCCGGGAUCAGAUUGUGACCAUCUUGGCAAACAUGUCUGUCCUAGAGCAGUGCGCCUCUGACAUCAUUCAGGAGAAUGGGGUCCAGCUUAUCAUGGGCAUGCUGUCCGAGAAGCCAAGGUCUGGAACCCCUGCCGAGGUGGCGGCCUGUGAGCGAGUCCAGCAGAAGGCCGCGGUGACUCUGGCCCGUCUCAGCCGAGACCCAGAGGUGGCCCGGGAGGCCGUGCGGCUGAGCUGUAUGUCCCGCCUCAUCGAGCUCUGCAGAUCGCCCUCCGAAAGGAACAGCAGUGAUGCUGUGCUCGUGGCCUGCCUGGCUGCUCUGCGUAGACUGGCUGGGGUCUGCCCUGAAGGCCUGCAGGACUCCGACUUCCAGCAGCUGGUCCAGCCCCGGCUCGUGGACUCUUUCUUACUCUGCAGCAACAUGGAGGAGAGUUUUGUGUAGCAAGCGUGGGAGAGGAAAGACAUUUGGCUCCAUUCUCUUGCCCUCUCUGAGUACAUACCUGUGAACACACCUGAGUAUGCACCAGCUUCCUCACCUCCUUAUUUAUACUUAAUUUAUUUUUUAUACAAAAUGGAGAGAGGGCUAAAUAUUCUAGCAACACCAGCAGGCAGUGUGUGGGCCUGGGAGUCUUUUUUCAUUUUUAUUUUUGACUUCUGUGACUUUUCAGUUACAGAUAUUGAAAUGCAUAAUGCCUAAUAUGACCUAUUGUCAUGGGCAAUUUCCCUUCAUCUUGCUUUCUCUACUCUCACUAUAUAAUCUUGCCUCAUUUCCACUCCCGUUUGGAACUAGAGUAUGUUCACUGCCCAACAGUCUUUUGGCUUAUUUUUUUUUUAACGUUGGCUUGCUCCUUUCUAAAAGAUGUUAAAUAAAUUUAAUAGUUGGACAGAA